UGACAACACCUUGCCGGACUCUGCUACAGCGCUUGCGUGGUCGACUGUCAUCAGGCGUCUCUACAGGGACAACAUGAGCGCUUCUGUGGCCGUGUACAGGAAUAUCUACACGGAGGACCGCUUCAAGCAGACGUACGGCUCUGAUGAUGACACCGGUGGAAGUUUGCGGCUCCGGCAGAAGCUGGCGGAGAGAUGCAGGUGUUCGAGGCGCAGCUGCCUUCACCUGUUGAGGGAGAGAGUUCCCAUUUCCAGCUGGCUGCCGAGGUACAGGCUGAAGAAAUGGAUUUUAGGAGACACCGUAGCAGGACUGACCGUCGGUAUUCUGCACAUUCCACAAGGCAUGGCCUUUGCUUUACUCACAUCCGUGGCCCCAAUUUUUGGCCUUUACACCUCCUUCUUCCCAGUUGUCCUCUAUAUGUUUUUCGGCACCGGUCGCCAUGUGUCCACAGGUACAUUUGCUGUAGUGAGUCUGAUGACCGGCUCUGUGGUGGAGCAGCUGGUUCCCACUCCUCUGGAGAUGAACUCAAGUUCGUCAGAAGCGGCUGACUUUGAGGCCCAGAGGAUUGGAGUGGCCUCAGCUGUAGCACUUCUCUCAGGAAUUAUUAUGCUCUGCAUGUUUGGUCUUCAGCUGGGCUUCCUCUCCACCUAUCUGUCAGAGCCAAUUGUUAAGGCUUUCACCAGUGCUGCUGCCUUCCAUGUCACCGUCUCACAGCUGCAAAGCAUUCUGGGCCUGCGACUCCCUCGCCACACCGGGACCUUCUCCCUCUUUAAGACUUUAGCAUCAGUGAUGGAGAACCUGCCUCACACCAACAUUGCAGAGCUGCUGAUCUCUUUGGUGUGUUUGGCCGUCCUGGUCCCAGUCAAGGAGAUCAACAUGCGUUACCGGCACCGCCUGCGUACACCGAUCCCCGUGGAGAUCCUCACGGUGAUUAUCGCUACAGGUGUGGCCUAUGCCUUCUCGCUGGACUCCACUUACAGCAUUGAGAUAGUUGGCCACAUCCCUGCUGGAUUCCCAAAGCCACGGAUGCCCGCCUUUCACACUUUCCCUGACAUUGCUGGAGACACGAUAGCCAUAACAUUUGUUGGUUAUGCUGUGUCUGUCUCGCUGGCAAUGAUUUAUGCUGAUAAACAUGGAUAUUCUAUACAUCCAAACCAGGAGCUGCUGGCUCACGGUAUCUCCAACACAGUAUCCUCUUUUUUUACCUGCUUCCCCAGUUCAGCCACUCUGGCCACCACUAAUAUACUGGAGAGCGCAGGAGGAUACACACAGCUCUCUGGCUUGUUCACUAGUCUGGUUGUCCUGGUUGUCCUGCUGCUGAUCGGACCACUGUUCUACUUCCUACCCAAGGCAGUCCUGGCAUGCAUCAAUGUUACCAGCCUGAGGCAGAUGUUCUUGCAGUUCCAAGACUUACCCGAGCUGUGGAGAAUCAGCAAGAUUGACUUUAUGGUUUGGCUUGUAACCUGGCUGUCUGUGGUGGUGCUCAACGUGGACCUUGGCCUAGCUAUCGGGGUGAUUUUCUCUAUGAUGACUGUCAUCUGUCGCACACAAAGGGCUGGCUGUUCAGUACUUGGUCGGGCCAGCAACACAGAAAUUUACAGACCUCUGGAGAACCACAACAAGUGCUACGAAGUGCCAGGAGUGAAGAUCCUGACUUACAACGGGCCUAUUUACUACGGUAACCGUAGUUUCUUCAGGGAGGAAAUGAGCAGGCUGUUGGGCCUGACGCCAGAGAAGAUUCGCAGCCGGGAGAAGGCCAGGAAAGCCCUGGAGAAACGGGAGAGAGAGGCCACCGUCAACACUGUGGAAAGAGGCAUCGCAAACACAUCGUUUUCCUCAGAAAAUGAGUUCUUUAAAUCAGAAACAUCUGAGAGUGACGUCCAGGUAGUGCUGAUCGAUUGCAGCAGUGUGAUAUUUGUUGAUGUUGCUGGGGCAAGACUCUUCACGCAGAUGUGCACCGAGUGCCAGAAAGUUGGAGUUCAUGUAUAUUUGGCAAACUGCAAUGAAAGUGUCUUAAAGAUCCUAACAUCCAGCGGUUUGAUGAACUACAUGAACCCUCAGCAUAUCUUCGUCACAGUUCAUGAUGCUGUGAUGUAUAUUCAACAGCAGAAGGAAAAACCUCCAGAGAACACCACAACAGUUUGGGUGUGAGCCAGGAGGACAGUGAUGAGUCAUGCUCGCCUCGACCGAGUAUCUGGGACUAAAAUGUCAGAGUGCACGAGGACUUGGGUUUUAUUGGCUACGUCUCUCAGCUGCAUAGGAGCACUCCAGUAAUCUGUCCAGAUUGUACUGUAAACCAGUGUUUCAAAGAAGCAGUAGCCUGUUGUAGCACUAAGUCAUAAAUUACUUUUACAUUACAGUGUUACCAGAUCUUUUGCAGACAUUGGAGAAUCGAAAUCAGCUGGGUUUAAAUCAAGCAGAAGGAGCCACACCGCAACAAAUAAAUCUGGUCAUACAGUGUAUUUAGACGAGUCUGAAAAACAAUAUAAUUACUUGUGUCUAUUAAACUGUUUAUGGCAGAUAUGAAAUGUUCUUGUUUAACAGCUGUUCUGUUUUUUUUUUAAUUGUCAUAUAUGAUGUAUUUUGUAAUAUUUAUUUAGUUUGGUGUUUGCAAUACAAACAAAUAUUGAAGUGCACUGCGUAGUUUGUAAAAUACUUUAUAUAUUUAUAUCUUUUGAAAUCUGUGCUUUGAAAUAUGCAACCGUGUACAGCAAAUGCCAUUACAUACUGACUUUAUUCUCUUUUCUAACUCCAGAGAGACUGAACAAAAGAUUUUAUGAAUGACCUUUGUACAGUCAUUCAGUGUCUGUUUUGACAAUAAAUAUAUCUCCAAAAACGGAA